UUCAACCAACAAAACAAAAUACAACAAAACACAACAGCUCCUUCUCCCCCUGGUACACAGACCAGGCCCUGUUUAUGCAGUCGAUCGGGGACAUCCCACCAAUUAGCAUAUGGAGCCAGACCUAGAAUAGAACAAGACAUGGACAGAUAAGGAACAAAACAUGCAUUGCAGCCAUGGGCUGAACGGGAUGUAACACCCGAUGUUUUCACCCAUGAAUUAGCUACCGCAGAGUCUUGACUUUCACCCCAUUGAAAGUCUUUCAGAUGUGCUGAAGACUUUAUGGAGUGGUUCAAGUCACCUGUCAUCAAUACAGGUUCUCAGCAAGAAAUGAAUGCAAAUUUGGAUUAAAAAAAUGUUGUGAUGUUGCAUAAGCACGUGGAAACAAUGCCAUGACAAAUUUGCAGCAUAAACAAAGUUAAAGGUGGUUCAACAAGAUAUGAAAGUCUGUGACUUUUUUUUUUGCCAAAGUACCUAAGUGUGUGUAUAUGAUUGUAUUAGAAACUGGAAAGGAGGGGGUUCCUGGAAAGAGGAAAGCCCAAAAGCUCUGUAUAGAGGGGAGGCUAGACUGUCUCACAUCCUGUCCUCUUGGAGCAGAUGCAUACAGAACCCAAACGUAACAGAACACUACAAAGAGAGGUUCCCGAUUCCAUGGCCCGGCCUCCCGCCACUCGAGCCCUGCAGCUGCUGCUGGCACUCUGCUGGAUUUCAGAUCAGAGCAACCUGACCAGCCUCCCCUUCCCACUGAUGAACAAGGGUUCAGGGGAAGGGGUUGAGGAUUCGGAACUGGCCACGACAGGAGGUCCAACCAACCUGCCCUGGACUCCCCAACCAGCCUUUUCGACAACCCCUGCACCUGUAUAUGAAUUUUUGAUAACGGAGGUACUGGACAACCACAUGAACAGCAUUGUCAUCCUGGUGUCAGAAGAAGACAAGCUGGAGAUCCAGAGCCCCACCAUUGUGAUUGUGGUGCCCGUCCUUUAUUCGGUCGCAUUCCUUGUCGGGCUCCCAGCGAACAUCCUGGCCCUGUGGGUGCUGAUCUUCCAUACACAGAAGGCCCCAUCCACCAUCCUCCUCAUCAACCUGACAGUGCUGGAUGUGCUCCUCCUUCUGAUGUUGCCCUUCCGCAUCAUCUACUACUUUGCUGGUUUGAACUGGUUCUUCGGCGAGCCACUGUGCCGGCUGGUCAUAGCUCUGCUCUAUGGUAGCAUGUAUGGUUCGGUACUCACCCUGGCAUUAAUCAGCAUAGACCGGUAUAUAGCUCUGGUGCACCCCUUUGGUGCUCUGACCCUGCGCAGCCAUCGCACCUCCCUGGCCAUGAGUGUGUCCGUUUGGGUGGUGGUCCUGUUGGCUAUGCUACCCCUGUUACUCUUUCGCCAGUCCUACCAGCUGAGCGACCCUCCCAUCAACACCUGUCAUGACGCGCAGCCCACUGCUUUGAUGGCCACUUUCUUUUUCCCCUACUAUGCCAGCCUUUUCAGUCUCUGCUUCUUGCUCCCUCUGCUGGUAAUUCUCUUCUGCCAUGGCGCCGUGCUGAAGACCCUUCUGGCCAGAGGGCACCGCUACUCCCACGCUGCGUGCCUCACCGCCCUGGUCUUGCUGGUCUUCCUUGCAUGUUUCCUCCCCAGCAACAUCCUCCUGCUUCUGCAGUGCGCAGACAAUACGGACAACCUCAGUGUGUCCUAUGUAGUCAGCCUGGCCUUCAGCUGCUUUGGUCCCUGCAUUGAUCCCUUCAUCUACAACUAUGUGUCUGAUGACUUCAGGGGCAAAGUUCUCAGGGUGCUCUGCUGCCGCCAUGCUGGGCAACAAGUAUCCUCCAAUAACAGCGGCAUACAUUUGUCAAGCAGCAGCCAAUCCAGCAGCACCUUGCUGUCUAAGUUUUGGGGGCAGAUGAAAAUUUUUUGCUCGGAAAUGUGCCAGGAGGUGUGAUGCAGAAUAGAUCUAAAGCAGUUUUAUAUGAGAAGUUUGUAAAAUGUCUUAAAUAUGUAAGUGUUGGGUAAAAAAUAUUUACACUUCUUGCUCUGUACUAGUGACAAUUAGCUCACUAUCUUAUUUAAACAGAGCAGUGAGUUUUGCUCAGUCAUCAUCACUCUACGGAUCCUAU